UGCGAAACCAAGGAAAAACCAAUGACCUUUCGACAAAAAUAAUUUGUUUUUGUACAUAAAGUAUAUGUUUUUUUCUUGGACGAUGAAGAAAGACAAAUGAAUCGGUGAAAAUAAUUUUUGUCGGACGAUAUGAAUUCCGUUGCACCACCAUUCUCCCACCACCACCACCUCCACCACCAUACUAUCAUCAUUUACAGAAGGGUUCCCGUAUCAAGUAAUAAACAUUAUCUUCGUCCAAUCUUCACUCCCAAAGCAUCUCUCUCAUUCUCCACCCAUACCCAUAAACGACACACUGAUUCUCCAGCCAGCAACUCUGCUCCACGCCUCUCUUUACUCCAAGAAAUAAACAGGCUCUGCCAGUGCGGGAACCUCACCGAAGCCCUUAAUUUUCUUCAUAGAGACUUUAUAAAUGUUAACUCCGAUUCAGCGGAGAGAGCAGAAGCUAUGGGCGUCUUGUUACAGGCCUGCGGGCAGCAAAAGGAUAUGGAGACCGGGCGUAAAGUCCACGAGAUGGUUUCGGCAUCGACCCAGUUGAGCAACAACUUCGUUAUCAAUACCCGUCUCAUCACAAUGUACUCCAUGUGUGGCUCUCCGCUAAAUUCACGUUUAGUUUUCGAUGGGUUACAGAGGAGGAAUCUUUUUUUGUGGAAUGCAAUUGUUAGUGGGUAUGCUAGAAAUGAGCUUUAUGAUGGUGCAAUUAGCUUGUUCACUGAGUUAAUUUCGGUUACGGAGUUUAAGCCUGAUAAUUUUACAUUGCCUUGUGUGAUUAAGGCUUGUGCUGGGCUUUUGGAUGUGGGCUUGGGGCAGGUGAUUCAUGGGAUGGCAAUGAAGACGGGUUUGAUGUCUGAUGUGUUUGUGGGUAAUACAUUGAUUGCAAUGUAUGGGAAAUGUGGGUUUGUUAGGGAAGCAGUGAAAGUGCUUGAAUGUAUGCCUGAGAGGAAUCUGGUUUCUUGGAAUUCGAUGAUUUGUGGGUUUGCUGAGAAUGGAUUUUCUCAAGAGAGUUAUGAUAUGUUUAGAAAGAUUUUAGAAAGUGAAGAGGAAUUGAUCCCGGAUGUUGCUACCAUUGUGACUGUAUUACCAGUGUGUGCAGGGGAAGGAGAAGUGAAUGUGGGAAUGGUAAUUCAUGGUUUGGCGGUUAGGUUGGGGUUGAGUCAGGAACUGAUGGUGAACAAUGCCUUGAUAGACAUGUAUUCGAAAUGUGGGUACUUGAACGAAGCCCAUAUUCUUUUUAUAAGGAGUAACAACAAGAAUGUAGUUUCUUGGAAUUCCAUGAUCGGUGGUAUUUCUAGAGAAGGAGAUGUAUGCAGAACAUUUGAUCUAUUACGAAAAAUGCAGAUGGAACAGGACAAAACGAAGGUGAAUGAGGUCACCAUAUUGAAUGUUUUGCCAGCUUGUUUGGAGGAAUCAGAACUGCCUUGCUUGAAGGAACUUCAUGGUUAUUCAAUCAGACAUGGGUUUCAAUAUGAUGAAUUGGUCGCCAAUGCUUUUGUUGCAGCAUAUGCGAAGUGCGGGUUACUGAGCUCUGCUGAGCACGUCUUCUAUGGAAUUGAAACUAAGACCGUGAACACUUGGAAUGCACUUAUUGGUGGUCAUGCAAAAAAUGGUGAUCCGAAAAAGGCUUUUGAGUUGUACUUUCAAAUGGCAUCUUCAGGCUUCGAUCCUGACUCUUUUAGCAUAGGAAGUCUCCUUUUAGCUUGUUCCUACGUGAAAUGCUUGAAUCCUGGCAAAGAGCUUCAUGGAUUCGUGUUACGGAAAGGCCUAGAAACAGAUUCCUUUAUUGGUAUCUCUUUGCUAUCCCUUUACAUUCAUUGCAGGGAAGUGUUAUCUGCAAGGAUGUUGUUUGAUAGGAUGGAAGAUAAAAUUUUGGUAUCCUGGAACGCAAUGAUUGCUGGUUACUCCCAGAAUGGACUUCCUGAUGAAGCCCUUGAUCUCUUCCGUAAAAUGAUUUCUGAUGGAGUUCAACCAUACGAGAUUGCCAUAAUGAGUGUGUUUGGGGCUUGUUCUCAGCUCUCUGCUCUGCGUCUGGGAAAAGAAAUGCAUUGCUUUGCUUUAAAAGCGCACCUAACAGAAGACAAUUUCGUUGGAUGUUCACUCAUAGAUAUGUAUGCAAAAAGUGGCUGCAUAGAACAAUCUCAUAGGGUUUUUGACAGCUUAAAGAAGAAAGAUGAGGCAUCAUGGAAUGUUAUAAUUACAGGAUAUGGAAUUCAUGGACAUGGAAACAAGGCCAUAGAGCUAUUUGAAAAAAUGCAGAGAUCAGGCCAGAAGCCUGAUGAGUUUACACUUAUAGGAAUUCUAAUGGCAUGUAGCCAUGCUGAGUUGGUUACAGAGGGGUUGAAGUAUUUCGGCCAGAUGAAAGUUUUGUAUGGAAUAGAACCAAAAUUAGAGCAUUAUGCAUGUGUUGUGGACAUGCUGGGUCGAGCAGGCCAAUUGGACGAAGCUCUAAAGCUCAUACAUGAGAUGCCUGAAGAACCAGAUGCUAGAAUCUGGAGCUCACUGCUCAGUUCAUGUAGAAUUUAUGGUGAUUUGCAAAUGGGGGUGCAAAUCGCCGAAGAAUUACUUGAGCUGGAACCGGAGAAAGCAGAGAAUUAUGUGCUACUCUCAAAUUUAUAUGCUGGGUCCGGGAAAUGGGAUGAUGUGAGAAGGGUGAGGAAGAGGAUGAAGGAGAAUGGCCUUCAGAAGGAUGCUGGUCGUAGUUGGAUUGAAAUUGGAGGUAAAGUUUAUAGCUUUGUUGUUGGUGAUGAGCUGCUGUCAGAGUCAAAAGAGAUCCGAAACAUGUGGAAGAGGUUGGAGGAAAAGAUAAGCGAAAUUGGAUAUAAACCAAAUACAGAUUCUGUGCUGCAUGAACUGAGUGAAGAGGAGAAGAUUGAGGCAUUGCGAGGGCAUAGUGAGAAGCUGGCACUUUCUUUUGGGUUGUUGAAGACGACCAAAGGUGCAACCCUGAGAAUCUGCAAAAAUCUGCGCAUCUGUGUGGAUUGUCAUAAUGCGGCCAAGUUAAUAUCAAAGGUGGUUGCAAGGGAGAUAGUUGUGAGAGACAACAAGCGGUUUCACCAUUUCAAAGAUGGAUUCUGUUCUUGUGGGGACUAUUGGUAGGUGAAGAGGUCGGAAGUGUUCAUAAUAAUCUUUUAUUUUAUUUCGAGUGAAAAUCUCUCAACUGCAUCCAGCCACAACUUGGUUUUGCUUGCGCAGUCGACCAUGUCGUGGGAAUUCUUUUCUUGUUUGGUCAGUUAAUUGUAUUGAGAGAAAAAAAAACGUAUGAACAGUCACCUUUGACCCAGUAAUCCUUAACCUGAAAUACCACUUGUUCUUUACAAUGAUC